AGCAUUCAAGUGAUAAGAUAAUACCGGUAUUUCAGGUAUUGUAUCUCAUAUAACGUUGUUUGGUAGGAACAGUUUGGAUUAUUGUAACAAACGUUUGGUUUGAACAUACAAGUUUUCGAAAACAACUUGACUGUUACUAUUAUCAAAAUGGAAGCACUUAGCCCCAGCGAUCCAAAUUCAUUUUCACGUCCGGAAGAAUGUAUUGUUAUUGGAAUUCAUAUCGAUUGGGAGGUAAAUUUUGAAAAUCAUAUACUGACUGGCUUCGUUGACUUGACCGUAGAGAAGAAAGACACCAGCGCAAGUCAUUUGGUUUUAGAUACACGGGAUCUUACUAUCAAAAAUGUAGUAGAUAAAUCAACCGACAAACCAUUGAACUACAAAUGUGGAGAGCCAGUCCUCACUUUUGGUUCCAAGCUGGAAAUUGAGCUCCCAGAAAAUAUGGAAAAUCGGAAAGAGUUUAGAGUAUUCUAUGAGACCAUUCCAAGUAGUAGUGCCCUUCAGUGGCUAAUACCAGAACUAACAGCAGGAAAGAAACAUCCUUACCUCUACAGCCACAGUGAGGCUAUACAUGCUCGUUCUAUGCUUCCUUGUCAAGACUCUCCUGGAGUUAAGAGUCCAUAUACGGCUGUGGUGCGAGUUCCAAAAGAUUUGGUUGUUCUGAUGAGUGCUGUGCGUGAUGGAGAGGAAGACUGUGAAAACACAAACCUGAAAGCUUUUAAGUUUACCCAGAAGGUCAGUUCCACAAGCUUCCAAACAGAUGGAGCUGUAUUUUACUGUUGUUCCAAAUAUUCUGUCAAUGAUGAACUGUCCAAUGUUGGACGGUGAUGAAUUAUGAUCCUA